GUGGAUGUCCCCAGUACGUGGCGGAGCGUCGUUAUCGGCAGUAACACGGUGGCUACGGAGACGGGCCCUCUUAAGGCUGAAGAGGUGUCAACACAAACAGGCAGUCGGGAAAGCCACGGCACGCAAACCGACGAUCCUGGUCGCCCCACAUCUCCGUCAAAGCUUAAGGCGUCGGGGCUGGCCGACUUUGUGAAAAAGGUGGAGGGCAUGGUGGCGGUCGAGCUAACCAAGGCAACCGAGGAGGCAGAGGUGCUUGAGCCCCUCACGAGGGCGGCCGACGAGGAACAGGAGCCCGCUACCUGCAUGCACUUCUUGUCUCCCUUCCAGCCCGACGACACGGGUACGGCCGUGGAUCUCAACGCCACAAGUACCCAGGUCAACAAGCACAAGCUGGUGGUGACGUGCCUGUCCUGGAGUGCUACGGGACAGACCAUUGCGGCGUCGUAUGGCAGAUACGACGUCGUGGGUUGGUGCACGUUCCCUGGAGCGCUGUGCACGUGGAACCUCGGUCGCGAGGAGGUGAACACCUGCCGACCCGACCAGCGAAUCGACACGGACACCUGCCUCAUGAGUUGCGCCUUCCACCCGGCGCAUCCGGCGCUCAUCGCGGGGGGCACCUUCAACGGCGAGCUCUACGUCUGGGACCUCAGCACAGAGGGCGACCAGCAGCGGGGCCGAUCUGAUGUACUGCUGGAUGUACGGCACAUGGAGCCGAUCCUCAACAUCACGUGGCAGUACAACCUGACGGGACUCACGCCCAACGGAAGGCGACCUGAACGAAAUCCCAGAGUGGCGGUUAUGGUAGCGGUGGUCGUGAUGGUAGUGGUAGUGGUGGCAGCAGUCGCGGUAAUGGUGGUAACAAUGCUGGUGGUGAUAGUGGUGAUAGUGCUGGCAAUAGUGAUAAAAGGUGGUGGUGAUAGUGGCCCCCAGUUUCCAGCGGCCCCCGACACCGACACUAGCACUGGCGCUCUCGAGUUGUUUCGGAGUGCGGAGUUCACUCGGGCGGUGGCGGCGGGUGAGCGCGUGGAGUUGCGGACGCCGGUGCGGGAGGCCAACUACCAGACACACGCGGGUGCGGUGUUUGGGCUGGACUGCUCGCCGUUCCAGCGGGAGCUGUUCCUGACGAGUUCUACGGAUGGAAGUGUGCGGCUGUACUCAUCUCUCCGCAUGCAGCCGCUGCUGCACCUGGAGCCCACAGCUGCCUACCUGUUCGCGGUGCAGUGGAGCCCGUUCAGGCCCUUGGUUUUUGCGGCGGCAGCGGCUGACGGCUGUGUGUACAUGUACGAUCUCAUACGGGGUCAUGAGAUCAUCCGGCCGGUGCUGACUCUGGACGCCAACGGCAUGCGCAAGCCCGUGUACGCACUGGCCUUCAACCCGCGGAAGCCUGACCUGCUCGCCACGGGAGACACAACGGGCAUUCAGAUCUGGAGGCUGCCUUCUUCCCUGACGGCUGCCCGGCGAGGUGAGGAAACGCUGCUGUCUAAGCUGGCGCAGGCGGACGACGUGCCGGAGCUGCUGAAGAAGAGGGCGGGUCGCUGA